AUGGCGGCAGGGAGGAGCAGGAUGCUCAUCCCUCUCAGGCCACGGGCGCUCUCGCAGCAACGCACUCUCCUUGCCGGCCUCGCCGCCGCCUUCGCGGUCACCCUACUCUGCAUCCUCCUCCUGCUCUCCUCCCUUCCCGCCGCCUCCUCGCCACCGCCCCGCCGGCGCCACGACAUCGACACAACAUCCAGGACCGCGCGUAGUCCUCCCGCUCAUUGCGGCGCGAUGAGCGCGAGCCUGGGGGAGUUCGGCGACAUGAUGGUGUCCAUGCUCCCGAGGGACCUCGCCUUCACCGCCUUCGUGCCCUCGCCGGAGUCGUUCCGCCGCGUCCUCAGGCUGCGGCACAACGACAGCGCCGCGGGGCUGAAGGCCAGCGACGACACCUACGCCGUCAUCUCUCGCGUGCUCGGCUUCUCCGCCGUGCCUCUGCGCCUGCGCUCCGGGGACGUGGCUCUGCGCGGGACGGCGCGGCUGCUGGACCUGGACUCCGUGUCCGGACUGAAGGUGCACGCGUGGAGGGACGUGGACGGGGCUCUCGUCGUCAACGGCGUGCGGUCGGAGUGCGUCGAUAUCGUCAGGGACGAGACCGUGGUCCAUGUCAUGGCGGGGGUCCUCAUGGACGCCGAGUUCGAGCGAUCUCUUUCCCUUCAGAAUUAGAGGAUUGAUGAUCAACCACGUAUUAACAUCAUCCGGAAUUCCUGAUGAAAUUUACAUGAAACCGAAGUUUUUGCCUUCAGGAUCUGUAGUGUACAGGGGGCUGUGCAAUCCGUGCUGUCCAUAUUGUCGUCCGUUUCCUCUCCGUCGAGUUCACCUUCUUCUCUGGACCUUUUUUUUCUUUUUUUGAGGGGACUUCUUCUCGGGACUUGAAUUAAUGAAAACCAGGUGAACAGCUAGGCGUCGGACGUGCGUGAC